UUUGCUCCGGGAAAACGCUGGAUUUUAAACCUUUCCCCGCCUGGCAGUGAGUGGGGAAGGAGAAGGAAAACAUGGCCCAGGCCAAAAUGCACCACCCCGUCUCUUGGGUGAUCUUCGCCGGGAUGGCCGCGCUCCUCCUCUCCCAAGGAGUGCCCGUGCGCAGCGGAGAUGCCACCUUCCCCAAAGCCAUGGACAACGUGACAGUGCGGCAAGGGGAGAGCGCCACGCUCAGGUGCUCCGUGGACAACCGGGUGACCCGAGUGGCCUGGCUGAACCGCAGCAGCAUCCUCUAUGCCGGCAAUGACAAGUGGUGCUUGGACCCUCGGGUGGUGCUCCUGGCCAACACCAAAACCCAGUACAGCAUCCAGAUCCAGGAUGUGGAUGUGUAUGAUGAGGGCCCCUACACCUGCUCCGUGCAGACAGACAAUCACCCCAAGACAUCGCGUGUCCAUCUCAUCGUGCAAGUGUCUCCAAAAAUCAUCGAGAUCUCUUCUGACAUCUCCAUCAACGAGGGUGGCAACGUCAGUCUCACCUGCAUAGCCACGGGCAGGCCAGACCCAACAAUCACCUGGAGACACAUCUCACCCAAAGCCGUGGGCUUCAUCAGCGAGGAUGAGUACCUGGAGAUCACGGGAAUCACGCGGGAGCAGUCGGGAGAGUACGAGUGCAGCGCCUCCAACGAUGUCUCAGCGCCCGUCGUCCAGCGAGUCAAAGUCACCGUCAACUACCCGCCGUACAUCUCGGACGCCAAGAGCACCGGGGUGCCGGUGGGGCAGAAGGGCAUCCUGCUGUGCGAAGCCUCCGCUGUCCCCUCCGCCGACUUCCAGUGGUACAAAGAUGACAAGAGACUGGCUGAAGGACAGAAAGGGCUGAAAGUGGAGAACAAACCCUUCUUCUCCAGACUGACUUUCUUCAACGUCUCUGAGCAGGACUAUGGCAACUACACCUGUGUAGCCUCUAACCGGCUAGGGAACACCAACGCCAGCAUGAUCCUCUACGAAGAGACAACUACCGCUCUGACACCCUGGAAAGGCCCUGGCGCAGUCCACGACGGGAACAAUGGCGCAUGGCGGCGAAGCGGCUGCGCGUGGCUGCUGCUCCUCCCGCUCGCCCACCUCGCCCGCCAGUUUUGACCCGAGAGCCGGCCCGCGGAGUAGCGGCGGCGACGACCACGGCCAGCGAGCUCAAGCAGAAAGGAGAGGAAGAAAAGAAGAAGAAGAAGUGUUCACCGUUUCUGAAAAUAAUCAUAAGAAUUGAGAGAGUAUCCGGCCAGGCCACCUGGGGGAGGGGGAGAGAGGAAAAACAUGCAAAAAAAAAAAAGCCAACCACAACGGGAAUUUGGAAUGGAGAGAAAAGUGAAAAAUUUAAUAAUCCAAGGCUUCGUGCUGAAGAUGCAAUGCGACUGAGUCUUUUUCUUUUCACCCUGUUUUUAUUUCUUUUUUCGUCCCUUGCCACUUUUUCCCCGUUUUCGCCGUUCUCUACCACGGGCCAGCACGGAGGAUGGACAGGGCCAUCAGAGUGUGGCACUUGUCCCCUGCCCUGUCCUUUUCACCGGCCCUGCUCGCCUGCUCCCUCCCGAGGGACCCUCCAUCCAGACACACCGGGUUUCUCCUUUGCCAAGAUUUCCCCGUCUUCUCAUGGACUGUGCCGCCAUUUGUGUUUCAGAAUAUAUAUAUAUAUAUCUAUAUCUCCAUGUAUACAUAUAUAUAUAUAUGUACAGAUAUAUAGAUCUUCGACAGUUAUCACACCACCACGAAAGGAAAGGGAGGAAGGAGACCGGCGUCAAGCCACGCUUUCAUCGUACCAUCCGCGGACAUCGUGAAUGAUAAGGGAUUCUGAGUCAUGGUUAAUUUUAUUAAUUGUAUUUUCUGAUACGAGCUUAGAACUCUUAGUUCCUAAAAAACAGAAAUGCAAAAAAAAAAAAAGAGGGGAAAAAAAGAAAAGAAAAAAGAGGAAA